AUGUCUGGCGGACCAGAUCGUUCCCGUCUUACAUUGCCUCUGAAAAAUAUUACUACACGAGAUGAUGUUGGCAUACCAGAAAGUGCAAAUAUAGGUCUAAGGCUAACACAGCAAAAGCUUAUGAAGAGUUUGAGCACGCCAGCAGAUUACUUCGUUCCCACACCAAUGGACCUACAAUUUCCUCCAUCGUGUUCUAAUUCUUUGAAGGAAUCCGGAAGUUAUCCACCUUUAAGUCGUGAACACAGUAUUCGGGACACGAUCUCGAAUGGGACAGCAAAGUUUUUCGGAGUUCCUCCAUCAGAAUGUUGUCAUUCAUCAGUUAGUAUGUCUGUUGAUCAGAAAUGGAGCUACCGCCGACUGCGAUUCAUUUGUAGACAUUAUGGGAAUCCGAAAGAAGAUACAUUGGUCAGAGGAUUAAGGCCACAAAAUCUGGAUGAUCAGAGCGAUGUUCCAUCACCAUCAAAGAGUGUCACAUCACAGAGCGAAAUACGUGAGACUGUAUUUAUGGCAUCUGAGAUUGGUCGUGCUGGAACAUUUUCUAGAAGCAGAUCAGUAGAAAGUCGUGGAAGCCGACUUACUCAGCAACAGCUGGAACGACGUGACAGUGUUAUGAAAAUGGUUUGUGACGGGAUUUCCUCGAUGAUACAAAGGGGGACAUUGAGACCAAAAAUGGCCUGUGCUACCGUAAAACGUGGUCGAUCAGUAUCGAGCAGUUUUGCGCCAUUUUCAAUUCAGCAAACUGUAAAUACUGCUAGUUCGAGAAUUGGACCUCCGGCUGUGGAUACUUCCGCUGGAAAGGGCAUGACUACGGUCGUGAAAGUGGGUCUCGAAACUCCUAAAGUGAUGGGUACUAUGAGUGAGCUUAAAAAGCUGGACGGAAAAGAAACUGAUGUUUCUUCACUUAAAAAGAAUCGCUCAGCAAUUCAUUUUUCGUCAGAGGUAGAAGCUGCCGCACAGUUUACACUUCCAAGGGAAGUUAUUGGUCAGAAAAAACCUCUUCUUCCUUCAGAACUAACAAAAUAUGAUGGAUCUGUAGUUCCUGUUGUGAGAUCGCAAGCUCAAGUACAAACUGUUAUUGACCAUGAAACGGUGGAGAAAAAGGGUCCUGGACCAUUUUCAAGUAUAGAGUCUAUUCAAGACGAAGUAUUCUUUGAUUAUGCAUUGCCGACAGUUUCGCCCAAUAUAUCUGAUACUGAGCAAGGAACGCAUCAUUGUCAGGGAUUGCGUAGCGGGAAAUUUUCACCUGUGACAAAGUAUAAAAAGUUUUGUUCUGAGGACGAUCCAGUGGAAGACGACAUAGGAAAUCUGUGUGAUGAUGGAUCUCCAGUGCAGAAAAUGCAGCCACAGGGUUCGGAAAAGGAGAAAUCAACAGCGUUUGCGUCCUUACGCAAUGCUCUUUCAAGCCCAAAGGAAUGGUUGCAAGACGUUCAAGACGUUGAUGAGAGAACAACCAAAAGAACUGCAGAAACGUGCAGAAGUGUGCGCAAGAGGUUACUGUUAGAUACAAUACACAGUGAGCUGAAAUCGAGGAAGUAUUCUGUUCCACAUCGUCGGCGUUUUGGAAAUGGUUUUGGAAUAUGGCGAAAAUAUUUUCAGCGAACCUAUAGGAAGGAUAUUUAUCAGCUGAAUGAAGAUGCUUAUAUUGAUUGCAGACCUUUUUUCACCUAUUGGAUUACGACAGUUCAAAUACUUGUUACUGUAAUCAGUUUGUACACUUAUGGAGUUGGCCCUUGGGGAUUCGGUCUUACGGAAAGGACAGCUGAUGUGCUGCACACCACUGUCACCUUGAAAAGGGUCAGUAUUUAUAUGCAGCAAAAUAUUUGGUUUGGACCAAAAUUUGCUGAUUUGGUACACCUGGGUGCUAAAUUUGCACCUUGUAUGCGUGAGGACCCAAAAAUUUUUGAGCAAAUUGAAGCCGAUCAUAAGGAAGAAAAUGAAACUGGCUGUUGUAUUUAUAAUGAUGGUACUGGUUGCUUUCAAACUGGACGGAGUACUUGUCCAUCAUUGAUAGCCACACUAGCAAGAUGGAAGAAGGAUAAUCCGGGCCCAGAAGGCCGUGUGUCUGGCGCCGUUUGUGGUCAAGAUCCGAGAUAUUGCGAGGAUCCAGUUUCUGUGAAGCCGUAUGAGUGGCCGGAUGAUAUGACGCAUUGGCCUGUAUGCAAACAGGUAACACUUUUUGUACCGGAAAAUGUGAUGCACAUGCAGUGUGAAAUUACCGGUCGACCUUGCUGCAUACAGUUGCACGGACAGUGUCGUAUAACCACAAGGGAUUAUUGUGAUUUUGUGGAAGGAUAUUUCCAUGAAAACGCAACACUUUGUUCACAGGUUUCAUGUUUGAGCGAAAUAUGCGGAAUGCUCCCAUUUUUGCGAAAAAAUCAACCAGAUCAGUGGUAUCGCCUGUUUAUACCACUUUUUCUGCAUGCGGGGAUAAUCCAUUGCAUUUUAACAGUUUUUAUUCAAAUGCUGUACAUGAGGGAUUUGGAGAAAUUGCUUGGAUGGGCGCGCGUAGCACUUCUUUAUAUGGUUCCCGGCAUUGGCGGAUACCUGGCUGGUGCAAUUUUUGUUCCUUAUAAGCCGGAAGUUGGUCCAGCGGGAUCACAUGUUGGAAUGUUUGCUGCGAUGUAUGUCGAUGUGGUUUAUAGCUGGAAUCUCCUGGAAAGACCUUGGCAUGCAAUUAUGCAGCUGAGCUUAUUUACUGUAGCUGUUUUUGCUGUCGGAACAUUACCGUGGGUCGAUAAUUGGGCGCAUUUUUUUGGCUUCAUCUUCGGAAUUUUGGUAUCUUUAGCUGUGCUUCCAUAUAUUCAGACAAAACAUCAUAAUCGCGCCCGACGACUAAUAAUUGUGAUCACAUCACUUUCCAUUGUAUUUGGUUUAUUCGUCGUUCUGUUGACUAUGUUUUAUUGGCCGUCUGCUUUCAAUUGCACGUAUUGCGAGUACUUCAAUUGCAUACCCUAUACCGAUCAUUUUUGUGAUAACCAAGGAUUACGAUUGAAGAGCUGGUUACCAAUAUGA